CAGGGUGGAGCUUAGUAGGUCUGAGAAAAUUAUUUUUUUAAAUAUUUAAAACUCUAUGAAAUAUAUUUAGAUGUUUUGAAUAACAAGAUAUGAGUUUUAUGCAGCCCUGCACAUCAACAGGAAUCAACUUAUAUUUGGAUUUCACCCGUCCUUUUAAUGAUUUUAACCAUAGUUCACAUGACCAAGAAAUCAGGUAACAACUAUUGUCGAAGACUGUUCUCACAAUUUUCUUGUAAAAUUACCUGAUAUCAAUAAUAUGGCACAAUGUCAAUUCGUUUGCCUGUCCAGUGACAGAUGCAUCACAUAUCUGAAAGCAAUAUUUACUCAUGCGAGUGUCCUUUUGUAUCUAGUGAAUGUAGAAGAACUAAUAAAAUACUUACUAAUCCACGUUGAAGGAAACAGAUGAAAUAAGCCUACUGAAAACAAAGGGGAAAAGGUAUAACAUACUCUCUUGAAGAUAUCAUUUUGAUGUAAUAUCUUCCCACCAAUACAAUAGCUUAAGUACCUCUUUUCAAAUCAAAUCAUGCCAUGCAUAUUGAAAUGCUUUUUUGUUUAUUAUAAUACCGGUACUUUGUUUCAUUUAAACUAUAGCAAAAAUUGAGACAAGACUUGGUGAAUGAUUAAGUUCAAUACUGAGAUGCAGAUUCAUCUGAUAUUUUCUGUGAUUUAUAAAGGUGUUUAUGUUGGUAAAGAUGUUGGUAAAGACAAUAAUUGCAUCACAUCGUGGAUUUCACUUUGGUGUGAACUGAUAAAUUAUCUUGGCACAGAUCCAGACGCUGAGUAUUGAGGAUGUUUCCAUGACUCCACGGAGACUACACUCCAUUCUCUCGCUACCACGCCUCCAGUCACUCACCUUGGGGGGUAUCAGACGAGUUGACAUGGACGAUGGAGAAAUCGAGACACUGACUCGUCAAACAUCCUCAGUAGAAGAGCUUUCUGUGGAUGGUAAGGAUGUGAUCAGCCUGUGGAAUCUUGGACUUCAUACAUCAUGUCCCCGAGUGAAAAAACUCGAACUGAACUACCCGCAAGAGGAGAAUGUCUCAUCAGGAAUCAUCUCAAUGGCCUGCUCUCCAUUCCAUCAUCUAACUCAACUUCAUAUCACGGGAAAAACCACACUAAAUGAUCCUGUGUCAUUUUGUGAUGCGGUUAAAACAUCAUGUCCUCUACUCACCAAUCUGUGCCUUUGGCUCAUUGCACUGAACAACGAUAAGGCAACCGAGAUCAUCCAACUAAUGAAGACUCAUCCACACCUGACAAGCAUAUGGUUGUAUCAGUGUUUUACCAAUGCGGAUCUGGAUCCACUGAUUUCUGAGGUGAACAGUGAAGGCAAGGUGACUGUCACCGUGACGCAUGGUCCGGAAAUUGAUGAAUGGUGA